AUGAGUGCUGUAGGGAACACUUCACAGAGUUUAGAGGACCCGUUAGGAUCUGGCUCUGGGGGUGACGAGGGUCCCCGCGAGAGUGACGAGAGUCCCUGGGUUCCCUGCGAGAGUGACGAGGGUCCCCGCGAGGGCGACGAGGGUCCCAACGAAGUUCCCCGCGAGGGCGAUGAGGGUCCCAACGAGGGACUUCGCGAGGAUGACGAGGGUCCCCAGGGUCCCUGUGAGGGUGUCGAUGGUCCCCAUAAGGGUCCCCGCGAGGGCGACGAGGGUCCCAACGAGGGUCCCCGCGAAGAUGACGAGGGUCCCCAGGGUCCCUGCGAGGGUGUCGAUGAUCCCCAUAAGGGUCCCUGCGUGGGUGACGAGGGUCCCCAGGGUCCCCGUGAGGGUGACGAGGGUCCCCGCGAGGGUGACGAGAGUCCCCGCGAAGGUGACAAGGGUCCUCAUAACGGUCCCCACGUGGGUGACCCCCCGAAGGGCCUAACCCGGAAAGUGGAGUCUUCUCCAUCCUGA